GGCGAGUUGAAGUUUGUCUGCAGUGGCGUGAAGUUGCGGGAUCGAAAAGUGUAGUGAAAAAGUGGAAAUUGAGUGAAAUUCCCAGCCUCUGUGGAUAAUCCGUGUGCUUGUGGUAAUCCGCGGUAGUCUGUGGUAGUCCACGGUAGUCCGUGGUACUCAAUUUUGUGCAUCUUACCCCGAUUUGCGGGCAAGGCAAGCUCUCCGGGUGUCCGGGAGACUCCAUUGCGCCCCGUGUGCGAGUGCGCAGGAAAUAAACACCAGCAAGGGGAGAAAAGCGAGAGAGAGCGCCCCCCGGAAAAGGGCUGCAGGGCAAUUAGUAGACUUGUGCCCGGAUGCACCGGAUGCACUUUGAAGGAUACAGAACAGCAUCUGGGGUGUGUCACCACCAUCUCUGAGCGAGACGCUUCCGGACGGGCUCCGGCAACACUUUUCCCCCAGGCGCCACACAAGGCAUCAAGCUGUGGGGCUCAGGAGCGUUCUUCCUCCCUCCGCAAGGAAUGUAUUACCCGCACAUGGUCCAAGCGGGUGUGGGGCCCUUUCAGACGGCCCCCGGAUUCCCACCGACACCAACGGUAACUGCGGAAGGGAUCUCAGUGGCGGUCGCCGUUAAAGGUGGCGCAGAGAGUGUUCAGCAGCAGCUAAAGUCUGAGUCUAUCGUGUCACAAUCCACUCCUGGAUCUCAGCCAAGUGGACAACAGCAAUUUAGUCCACCACUACUUGGAUCUCAACCCGGUCCACCGGCAUCAACUGGCCCACCUACGCUUCCUUUACCUCUUCCAGUUGCCACAAUUGCGAAUGGGAUUGAACAGCAAACUGUCAGUAUAUCCGAUCUCUUGCAGCAAACGGAGGCGGAUACGGCGGGAAAUGUCGCCGCGGCGGCAACAUCAAUUGGGGCCACAAGUGUUGUAACGACGGAAAGUGGUACAGCACCGAUUAUCGUGACGGCGGCAAUGCAGCAACCACAGCUGAGUAGUGUUGUGAGUUCUUCGGCUCUUGGGGGUAGUGUGGCCACAUUGGCUCCCACUUCAACUGCCGUAACAUCCCUUGUGCCAGGAGGUGGUGCAAUUGUGGCUGGAGAUGCUGGCAAGAAUCAACCGAAGCGUCUCCAUGUCUCCAAUAUUCCCUUCAGAUUUCGUGAUCCAGACCUAAGAGCUAUGUUCGGGCAAUUCGGAACAAUCCUCGAUGUUGAGAUUAUUUUCAAUGAGCGCGGAAGCAAGGGAUUCGGUUUUGUAACAUUCGCUAAUAGUAGCGAUGCGGAGCGAGCACGCGAACGUCUUCACGGCACUGUGGUUGAGGGGCGCAAGAUUGAGGUCAAUAAUGCUACGGCUCGGGUGCAGACGAAGAAAACACCAACAGUCCCAAAUGUUUGUCUGACGAAAGAAGGUACCGUGGCAGCACCAACUGCUCUGGUUUGUGUUCAAUGGCCAGAAGCAGCGGCAGCUUUGAGAGGUGUCGCAAUUCAACGUGGACGAGCCAGGGCAGCUUUCCCAGCAGCUGCAGCUGCAUUGAAUGGUGCCUUUGCAAGGCUCCCAACACCCCUUGCUGCUGCAGCAAAUGCCGCCAAUGCACUCCAUGGCUAUGCGCCAAUGUACUAUGAUCCCUUCUUGGCUGCCGCAGCAGCCUCAGCAGCAACAGCGGAUCCCAACUAUCGCCUCCAGGCAGCGAAACCCAUGACGGAAGUUCCAGCACAACCGGCAAUUAUAAGUGCAGCAGCAGCAGCAGCAGCGGCGCCACUACUCAAAACACCACUUUCAACGACUCAACAAGCCUACACAGCAGCUGCUACAUACACAGCUGUAGCUGCAAGGGCCUACGGAGCCGCGGCGGCAGCUCAACCCGUGGCGGGAUACGCAGCUGUGGCGGGGUAUGGCCGUGAGUAUGCUGAUCCCUAUAUUGGCCAUGGAAUAGGACCAGUACCAGGCUAUGGGAUGUAUCGCAGUGGCUACAAUCGCUUUGCCCCAUACUAAUUAUUUCCUACAAGAAGUGGAGGUGUGAAUUGUCCCGAAAUUCAUUAAGCAAAGGAAUGAAUAACCAAAAAAGGAUGGUUCAAUCCAUGACAAAAAAGAAUCCAUAGUGACACUCUUGAUGAAAAAAAAUCUCAUUUUUCUAAUUGCAACAUACAAAAAAAACAAACAACGUGAUUUGGCACAAAAUGAACAAAAUAAAGUAAUGUGAAUGUGAAGAAUAGGGAAGAAAUUUUGGGAUUAAGAACCAAAAGAACAAGGAAACACACAAUUAUUGAUGCAGAAAAAGAUAAAUUUCCAUUUUUAGCAGCUUAGAUCUGAUUGUAAGAAGAUAAAUCUCGUAUCUGAUUUAAGAAUGGAUCCACAAUUUUUUUUGGUAUGUGGAUUCAAUAUUUUUUCUUUUACUUUUUUUCGUAUAGAUUUAAACAAAAAAAAUGAAAAAUUAUUAUAAAAUAUGCAUAAAAUGUAGAGCAAAAAAAUAUUCUUAGAUUUAGGGAAUUAUCAGUGUAAUUUGUAAAAGUUCAGACAGUUAUAAAAACAAGUCUCCAUCAGUGAAAGUAAAAAAAAAGGAGAAGAAAUUGUGCAACUACAAACUAAUAGCACAAUAUUAUCUCAAAUUCUUAUGUCGCUCAAACAGCCAAAGGUAGAAGUUUUUUUUAAUAGUCAAGAUGGGCAGCUUUUUUAUGAGAAGUUUUCUCUCAGAAAAAAAAUAAUUUAAACUUAUUUUUUUAUUAUAAAAUUAUUGGUUUCCUUUAACAGACUCUACGCUUAAAAGCAUUGUAAAUACUCAGUGAGAAGAAGCAACGCAGAAAUGAUCUUUUUUAUUAUUUAGAAAAAAAUCUUUUAUUUAGUUUCCUUUUUCAAUCUCUCUAGCGACAUUGUGUCGCGAAGAAAAAAAGAAUACAAAUCAAUUGUUAAGACAGAGCACAGAUUUUUAUUUAUAUAUUAUGUUUUGUAGAGAAUCAUUGUAAUUUUUUUAAUAUAAACUUUUAUGAGUUUUAUGUGGUCUGGUUGGGAGUAAAGAAAGGCUGGGAUUAACAUAUGUUUUUCUGUAGGAGCACAAAGUUAAAGGAUUUUUUUUCAAAAGACCUUGGAAGGAAAAGCACAAGAAUGAUUACCUCAUUUUAAUUCAACGUAUUUUUUUCUUUAUUGGACAUUUUAGAGAUACUGAAAGGAAAAGGGUUUGUAGAAAAUUCAAUUUUAAAUAACUGUAACAAUUUUGACGUUCUAUUUUUUCAACUGUCAAAUUAUAUGUCAAUUUUUUUUCCCAAACUGUCUUCAAAGUUCUUUUCUCUUUAGAAUUUUUGAAAGAUGCUUUUUUUUAAGUCUUAAGAUUUAUAAUAUAUUUUAAAGUUUUCCAACGUCUAUCUUCAAGCUUCUUUCGUCUUUAGAAUCUUUUAGAAGAAUGUUAUUUCUUUAUUUAAAAAUAUCCUUUUACACUUUGAUAACUGUCAGAGUUUUGACAGAUAUUGAAAAGAGUGUCAAUAGAAAAAUGCGCGAAACACAUUUUUUUUAAAUAACAAUCAUUUCUUUUUUGUCUUAAAAAACAAUUUUAUAAAAAGCUUUCUACAAACAACUUUUUUCUUUCACUUAAAAAGAACUACAUGCAAACCCGUGUUUCCUACUUUUGUGAGUAAAUAAUAAAUUAAAAAAAUAAAAUUCAAAUAGUAUUGAAAAUUUGCAUAUCUGAUAAAUCUUACGGGGAGAAAAAAAUAAUGAUUUAAGUAAAUAUUGUGAAAAGAAAAAAAACUAUUAAUAUUAGUGAGUUAUGUCACAUAAAAACUAUAAAUAUUCGUAGUAAGGUUCCCAAUUAAAUUGAAAUAUAAGCAAAACAACAAAAAGAAAUCACUAAAGAAAGAUGAUGAAAAAUAGUCAAAUGGAGUGAGAAUUUGAGCGAUUUAUUCGCUUGAAUUCUUUUCUUCCGACAUUAUAAAUUUAACAAGAAAGAAAAAAGUAAUACCAUGUAGUUAUUUGUGUCCAAAAAAAGAACAAACAGCUUCAUUUGCUGAGGUCUUCCCAAAAAAAGAGAGAAUAAAAGAAGAAGAACAAACUAAGGAAAAAAAAGAUUGCAAAAAAGCACAGGAAAGAAAAUUUCUUUAUAGCCAAGAGAGCGAGAUUCCUAUAGAAAAAAAACCUUUCCUCUUAAAUGAUAAUUUUACUACCUAUAUAUAUAGCCAUUCUAUUCAUAAAAAGGAAGAACGUGGUGGAAAAAUAUAGCGAUAAAAGAAGAAAAAAAUUACAAGUCUCUGUAGAAAAUAAGAAACAAAUGAGUACGAAAGGGGAUUUUUAAGGUGAAGCCCAAAUCUAAUAUUUAAAACAUUGAUAUUCAAUGUUAAAAAAAAAGAAAUAAAAAUAAUUGAAAAAAAAAAACAGUAAAAAAAAACAAAGUGAGAAAGGUUAGAUUGUAAGAACCCCAUUGUCUCUCGAGUUUUAGAAGAAACAACCACAAAUUUAAAGACUUUCUGGCUCUCUAAAGAAAAAAAAUAAUUAGAAAAAGUAAAGAAUUAAUUUUAAUCGUGAACAAAAUAGAAGAGAAAAAAGUGAUUAAGGUAUAAAUUUUAUUAAUAGAUUUAAAUGCUCAAUUGUUCAAUUAAUCAUCACAAUAUUUCAUAAAAAAAAUAGAAGAUAUUUUUUAGGUCGAUAAGUUUUAUGGGAGGGCGCGUGAAUAAAUUUCAAGAAAAGAUUAUGAUAUUACAAAAAAAAAAGAAUAUUUUUUAAAGGGCAAAAAAACCAGUGUAAAGGUAACUUUUACAAGCGUAUAGAGCGUCUUCUGAGCCAUAUUAAGCAAGAGAGAAAGAGUGUGAAAAAAAGGAAUUAGUAAUGUAGGAACUUGAGGAAGAAAUACAAAAAGAAAAAAAUUGUAAAAUAUAUUUUAGAGAGAAAGCCACAUUCAAGCUAAAGUAAAAAAAAAGAAUGAUGACAAAAAAUACUCAAUUAUUUUAAAUUGAUAAACGAUAGCAGUAGAAAAGAUAAAUAAAAAUAAAUCCAAUUUGGACUUACUAAAUUUAAAAAUCUCACAUCAUGACCUUUUUUUGACGAACCAUUUUCUCUUUUCUCCCCAUCGGGAGAAAAGAUGGUGUGGAAAAAAUUCAACUUAUGAAUUUAUGUGAGGAACCAUUUAAGAAAUUUACACAACUAUUAAAAAAACAAAUAUUAUAAUAUACUCAGAAUUGACAAAAAAGAUAAAGGAUUUAGAAAGUAGAAAAGUAAAUUUAAAAACAAAAAUAUAAAAAUUAGCCGAAAAGCAGCAUAAAAUAUCCAAAAAAGAUAAAAGAAAGUGAUGAAUAAAAUCAUUUUCUUUUUAAACUUUUUUUUAGUAGUGAGCUCAAAUAUUUAUUUGACAAAAAAUCCCCUUUUUCAAAUGACUUUCAAUGAGUUUCCCCGGGGGUCACACACAGUGAUCUCCAAUGGGUCUCAUUUCGCCAAAUAUAUAGAUAACUCUUCCCCCUUUAUGCGGGGAAAAUAUUUUAAGAUGAAUUACAUGAGAAAAUAUCUUACAAUUGUUUUACUAUUUUAAUUAAAUGUGACGCUAUAUAUUAGACUACAAAAAUACUUAUAGUAAUGUUUUUGUAAUAAAAAGUGUAUCAAAAUGGA